UCGUAGGUGGCGCCGGUAGUCUAUGUCUGCUAGUUUUGUUUACAGCUGAGAUUUCUGUCUUUUCCGGCUUUUCCUCGAGGUUUUCCACUCCCCAGAGACAUGCCAAAACGUGGUAGACCUAGGAAAAAGAAUGUAAUAGUGUCAGAUGAGGAGCCGGUUAUGUCACAAGAUUCCGAGGUCCAAAGCAACGAGGAUGAGAAAGAGGAAGUUGCCCAGGAAGCUAUCAAGAUUGACAUGGAGGCUGACAUCUCUCAGUUGGAAGCACCAACUUUCACCACAAUCCAACGUGGACCUCCAGAACCAAUGCUAAGACUCAAGUGGAAUCAUCGGGUGACACUGAUUGGGGAGAAAGUGCUGAAUCCCAUGAUUCAUUGCUGUGACAAAUGUCUGAAGCCUAUCCUGAUUUAUGGGAGAAUGAUUCCCUGCAAGCAUGUCUUUUGUCUGGCUUGUGCUCCCACGGAACCUCUGAAGGAGUGUUUCAGGUGCAAGGAGAAGGUCUGCCGGGUGGAACAAUCGGGCUUAGGGUCUGUUUUCAUGUGCAGUCACGGUGGAUCCCGGUAUGGGAGUAAGGGCUGCAAAAGAACUUACUUGUCUCAGAGGGAUUUACAGGCUCACAUCAAUCAUCGGCACUUACCCCAUUUGGCGUCUAACCAGGAGAAUUCAAACUCUGAUUUGGCCAGUGAGUCACUGAAGCCAACACCAACAACAAAUCCGCGCAAACUUUCCGGAAGCGAGAAUCCUGGACCAUUGAGGGCUAAUGUGAGAAAUGCCCAGGCGUAUUCUGUCAACAUCCCAGUGGUGAGUCAACAGAACAGUCGGACAAAUCUGAUCACUGUGCCUAUUCAGGAUUCCCAGCAGUCGGGAAUAUCGGGGAUUGUGGGCCUCGGGGGGCAACAGGGGACUCAGCAUGGGGAACUGGGAGUAACAUCUAAUCCGUACUUCGCCAUGAGCACUGCCCAGAGCUUAUAUUCACAGGGAAGUCAAAACUUUUCGGGGAUUACAUCAAUGGUGCACAGUGGAGCUUCCAGUCAAUCGACUCAGGCCAGGAAUAUGCCCAAUUUGCAGUCACAGAGCAGCCAGAAUCCAGCCACAACGUCUGCAGCUGCCCACCAAGCGUCUCAAUUCUUCACACAAUACUCCGGACAGCAGCAGUAUAAUCAAUUGCCGCACUAUCAGAACUCCUCGGGAUAUGAUCAACAGAUGUACAACAGCAAUGUUCAGCAGAAUCAGCCUUGGAAUCAGCAAUAUUACAGAUAAGGUCCAAAGAGCCCAAGUAAGUUUUUCUCUAUUUUUGUCUCUUUUGGAUUUUAUCCAUAGAAGAUUUCUCAAUAAAAUUUCGGCGUGAAGGGAAAAAAUUUCCUUCUAGAAUUUAUCUAAGAAA